AUGCCUCAUUUUAAUGAAGUAAUAAAAAGAAAGGAAUUACUUGAGAAUUUUAAGAGUAUUAGCUAUUCAUAUAAAAUUAUUGAAUUUCAUAAAAAAUGUGUAACGUCAACUUUUAAUGAUAAUUAUUUUUUGAAAAAAAGAUAUAUUAAUGGUUUAGUUAACAAAAAAUAUAGAAAUGAAAUAUCACAGAAUCGUAAAAACGUAAAAUAUUAUUAUAUAAAAAAGAAGAAAAAAAAAACAUUUAUAAAAAAUUCGGUAAAAAGUUUAUUUUCAGAUAAAGUUAAUAUAGAUUUAUUAAAUGAGGAAUUAAAAAAUAUAGAAAAAAGAAUUAAAGAAAAAAAUAUAAUCAAAAGUAAAAAAAAAGAGCUUUCUUCAGUAAAUUUCAAGUAUCCAAGUCAAACAUUCUAUAAAGCAAAUAGAGAAGAAAUAAAUUUAUUAAAAAAAAGUGAAACACAAUAUUAUUUACCAAUUGAAUGUGAGAAUAGUACUAUAAUUAGGUUAAUUGAUAUAAAAAAUAAAAUAUCUUCGCCAAUUUUUAGAUGUGUUCGUAACAGUAAAUUUGGAUUAAGAAAAAAAGAAAGAAAAUUCUUUUUCUUUUACUCUUCUUUUAUUUGUUCUUUUUUUUUUUUAAUGGGAAUGUGGCAAUAUAAAAAGAUGGAAAAAAAAAAGUUUUUAAUUAAUUAUAUUUUACAUAAUUUAAAUAAAUCAGUUAUAAUAAUUAAUGAUUCUUACUUUCCAUGGUUUGAAGAUUUUUUAAUUUUGAAGAAAAAUUACGAAAGUUUAAGUAAAAAUUUACUACAUUAUGAAAAUAGCAAUGGGUUGAUAAGUACCAUUAAUUUAUCAGAUGUAAAUAUCAUGAUAUUAUCAUUUUAUGAAAAAAUUAAAAGUUUCUCUGAAAAAUUAUUUAUGCAAAAAUUGUUUUUAUAUGAUAACAUUAAAAAUAAUGAUAUAGAAGAUAAAAAAAUAGGUAGUGAAAUACAUGAUGAUUCAAAAAAAGAUGUAAUAAAAGGAAAAGAAGAAACUAAUGAGAUAAAUGAAAAUAAAUUGACUGUUGAUAUUGAAAAUAUUAAUAGUAUAUACGAUUGGAUAAUAAGGAUAAGAAAUGAAAAUUUAUUAAUGAAAUUAUAUAGAAAAGUUUUCAAAAAAUAUGUAACAGAAGAUGAGUUAAAAAAACUUGUAAUUGAAAAAUAUAAGUAUAGAAAAAUUCAGUUGACAGGGGUAUUAGAUACAACCAAUGAAUUUUAUAUAGGUCCCAAAUUUUAUGAAAAUAAAAAAAAUAAAACGUAUUAUUAUGUGAUAUGCCCAUUAUUUUUAAGAGAUGGAAAAUGCAUAUUAGUUAACAGAGGAUUAAUAUCUGAAGAUAUAUUAGAAGAAAAAAAAAAUGAAAUGCCAAAAAUUGUUACAAUUAGAGCCAUAUUAGAUCCAGGUGAAUUAUAUGAAUGCUCAUUUAAAAAAUUGAAAAAAAUUUCAAAUAAAAAUAAGUAUAGUAAUUUUUUUUUUUAUUAUGAUACUCAAGAAAUUUGCCAUUAUGCUAAUAUUUCUCAUUUUGAAGGAUCUUCGUAUUUUAUUGCAAAUAUAUAUGAUAUUAUAAUUCAUGAAGAUUAUAGAAGUGAUAUAAAAAGUGAUUAUUAUUAUAAUUAUAAUAGGAAUGAUACAAAGAAGUUAGAUUCUUACUUAAAAAAUUUAAAUUAUGUAAACAUAAAUGAUAUAGAUAGAGAAAGCCAAGAAAGAAUAAAGCAUUUGUUGAACAAUACUAAUAAUGUUAAAAAUUUUAAAAAUUCUCAUUUUGAGAACAUUAAUUCCUUGAGAUAUGAUGAACAUUUUAUACAUAAAAAAAAAAAAGAUUAUUUCCAAUUUUAUGCUGAUGAGAAUACUCAUUUUAAUUAUGCGUGUCAGUGGUUUCUUUUUUCCUUUAUUUUUUCGACUAUUUCAAUUUUUAAAUUCAUACAAUUCAAAAGAUGGGUUUUCUAA